AUGAGCUCUCCCCGCGAUCACAACCGGGACGACUCUGAGGACGAGGAGGACUUCAACCCUGCGCCUGAGGUUGGCAGCGACGAAGAAAACAACAAUGACAACGACAACGACGACGAUGAUGACGAGGAUGCAGUUCCCAUACGCAGAUCCAAACCAGCCUCUCCCGUUGCCAACGACGAGGAUGACGAGGCCGAAGCCGAGGAUCUGAAUCGUAAAGAUGAUGAUGACGACGACGAAGAAGAUGAUGAAGACGAAGACGAUGAUGAGGACGAUGAAAUCCAGCCAUCGCCUCAGGGCCAUCGUCGCAAACGCCGCAGAAACCAGCAGCACAACGCUUUCCUCGAUAUCUAUGCCGAAGUCGACGAUGAGGAGGCUGAGGAGGACGAGGACGAGGACGCCGAGGAUCAAGAGGGUUUCAUUGAGCGGGAAGAAGCCGGCGAGGCUGAUCUCGCCGGUCGCGAGGACGACACCCGACACAGAGAACUCGACCGCAGACGCGACCUCGAGGCCAGCUUCGAUGCCGAGAAGCAGGCCGAGAUCUACCAAAAACGAUACGGCAACCGGGGGCGCUCUGCCAAGGGCAUGGGCGACUCGGGUGUCGUGCCCCAGCGCCUGCUCCUGCCCAGCGUCGACGACCCCAGCAUUUGGGGAGUGCGAUGCAAGGAGGGCAAGGAGCGCGAGGUUGUCUUCUCCAUCAUGAAGCGAGUCGAGGAACGAAUGGGCACCAAAGACGAGCUCGGCAUCACCGCUGCAUUCGAGAGGGGCGGCCCCAACUCCGUCAUGAAGGGUCUGAUCUACGUCGAAGCCCCGCGGCAGAACGACGUACUACAGGCCUUGGAUGGCAUGCUCAACGUAUAUCCUAGAACCAAGCUUCUGUUGGUCGACAUCAAGGAAAUGCCCGACCUCCUCCGCGUUCAGAAGACACCCACCCUGGAGCCCGGUUCUUGGGUCCGCCUGAAGCGACCUCCCAAGCACGCAGGCGAUCUUGCCCAGGUUUUGGACAUUACCCAAAACGGCCUUGAAGCAAGAGUGCGCUAUAUUCCACGCCUCGACUACGGCAUGCGCGACGAUCCUCUAGCUGCCCCAACCGCCGACGGUAAGCGAAAGCGCCCUGCCUUCGGCGCUGGUCCGCGCCCUCCCCAGAAGCUCUUCAGUGAGGUCGAGGCUCGAAAGAGGGAUCCCCGUGCCCUCACAGGCAACCCGACCACGAAUACAUGGCAGUACCGGGGCGACGAGUUCGAGCAAGGCUUCCAGGCCAAGGACGUCAAGAUCCAACUCUUGACUGUCCAGGAUGUCAACCCCACCCUUGAAGAGGUCACCAGGUUCGCAUCUGGUGGCGAAGACGGUGUCGAGAACAUUGACCUAAAGUCUCUGGCCGCAAGUCUCAAGGACAGCUCCGCCAACGUCACGUACCUGCCUGGUGACGUUAUCGAGGUCUACGACGGAGAGCAGAAAGGUGUAGUGGGAAGGGCCACCAACGUCCAGGGCGACAUUGUGACCAUCGACGUGACCGAAGGCGAUUUGGCCGGCCAGACUAUCGAGGCUCCUAGCAAGGGUCUGAGAAAGCGCUUCCGAGCUGGUGAUCACGUCAAGGUCAUCGGUGGCAGCCGUUACCGCGAUGAAGUUGGCAUGGUGGUCAAGAUCUCCGAAGACAGAGUCACACUUCUGACGGACCAAUCUCAUACCGAGAUCACCGUCUUCAGCAAGGAUCUCCGAGAGGCCAGUGACAUCGGCGGUCAAGGCUCACUGGGCCAGUACGAGAUGCUGGAUCUCGUGCAGCUGGACCCUACAACCGUCGGUUGUAUCGUCAAGAUUGACCGCGAGUCUAUGGUUGUCCUGGACCAGAACGGCGACAACAGACAAGUUCUGCCUUCACAGGUUGCAAAUAAGCUACCUCGCCGCAAGUUGGCAGUUGCAGCAGAUCGCAACGGAGCAGAGAUCAGACUCGAUGACGUGAUAAAGGAGUACGGCGGUAUGGGUCGGCAGGGCAAGAUCAUCCAUAUUCACCGCACCUACGUCUUUUGCCACACCAAUACCACCAACGAGAACGCCGGCAUCUUUGUGUCAAGGGUCAGCAACGUCUCUACCAUCUCUGCCAAGGGUGGUCGAAACAACGCGAAGUCUGCCAUGCCUGAUUUGACUUCCAUGAACCCAGCGCUGAAGCGGAACUCCCAUGGCGGCCCUGGUAUGGCGCCACCUCCAAAGCCCACCAUUGGUCGCGAUCGCCUCAUCGGCCAGACUGUUACAAUCAGGAAGGGAGGCUACAAGGGACUUUUGGGACGUGUCAAAGAGACUUCUGACACCCAUGCCCGCGUUGAGCUUCACACUAAGAGCAAAGUCAUCAAUAUCCCCAAGGGCGACCUUAUUGUCAAAGAUCCUGUCACUGGUCGCGAGAUCAAGAACUACGAGAGCCGUAGGCCACAAGGUCCCGGAGCUCCUCGCUUUGAGGGGGGCCGUCCUGGCGGAGACUGGAACGGUGGGUCGCGAACGCCCAUGGCUUCUUCCAUGUCCAAUCGGACCCCUGCGUGGAAGACUCCUUCUGCUGGAGGAAACGGAGGCCGUACUCCGGCUUGGGGCAAAGCUGGCGGCGAUUAUGGUGGUCGAACUCCAGCUUGGGGAGGUGGUGAUGGCUCACGAACAGUCAACCCGUACGAUGGCAGUCGAACUGCUUAUGGCUCUGGCUUACGUACGCCCGCGUGGAACUCGGGCUCGAAGACCCCGGCGCCCGACUCCUUCAGUCACGGAUCGAAAACACCAGCAUACGGUGGCAGCGGCUCGUCCGACCCAUGGUCUUCCGGCUCCAAAACCCCGUACGGUGCAGCAGCCCCCACGCCCGGCGCAAGUGGCGGCGAUACCUGGGGAUACACACCAGGUGCCUCGGGCUCGUCUGGCGCCUACGAUGCACCGACCCCUGGUCCUGGUCUGCUAGGUGCACCCACUCCUGGUGCUCUCAACGCUCCCACCCCAGGUGCUUUCAAUGCGCCGACGCCCGGUGCCAUGAACGCGCCAACUCCAAGUGGGAACUGGCAGGGAGGCUGGGGGGCAAGUGACGCUCCAACACCUGCUGCUGCUGCCUCGACACCCGCAGCUAGCGGUUUCGCUUAUGCCGCGCCUACGCCGGGGGCUUGGAGUGCAGAGACACCCGCAGCUAGCGGCCCGCGCUAUGAGGAUGAUUGA